UUCUUCUCUCUAAAUCCAUAUUUCAUUAAAAUUUCUUCUGUAUUCUGAUCAAUCUCUGUAAUGGGUUCAAUGGGUACUAAUCAAAACAGAGACUUGAUUCAUAACAUCAAACUAUCUUCGGUUGUGCCAUCAAAAGUGUCCGGAGAAAACAAAGUUCAUGAGCUGACAGCCAUGGAUAAAGCAAUGAAGCUUCAUUAUAUAAGAGGCCUUUAUAUUUUCAAAAAAGAAGCAGUUCAAGGAUUGGAUAUAAACGAGAUUAAAAAAUCAUUGUUCAUGUGUCUCGACCUUUAUUACCCUGUUUCCGGCAGGAUUCGCCGGAGAGACGUCGGAGAAGGUGGUCUUGUCAUUAAGUGUAACGACGGCGGCGUACGUACUGUGGAGGCUGAUUGCCGGAUAACUGUUGAUGAGUGGUUGUUGAUGGCAAAGGAUGAUCAGUUAAUUAAUGAUCAGCUUGGUUAUAGACAAGUUCUUGGACCUGAUCUUGGAUUUUCACCACUCGUUUACAUUCAGUUUACUUGGUUCAAAUGCGGAGGAUUAUCGAUAGGAUUGAGUUGGGCUCACAUUCUUGGAGACCUAUUUUCGGCUUCCGAAUUCAUCAAUGUUUGGGCCACUCUAGUGGCGGGUCAAUUCCAUCCCCCCAAAAUCUCACCUUCUCCGGUUAAUCCGAUCGUCGGAGAAACAUCGCACAUUUCCUUUAAAACAAUUACAUCAGUGGGAGACUAUUGGCUAGUUCCAACCAAUUCCGAAAUGGGUACUCACACUUUUCACUUCACACCUAAGCAAAUAGCCGGUUUACAACAUCUUGUUUUGGACAAACUCCGACCUUUCCAUGUCUUGGCAGCAUUCAUGUGGAAACAUUUGUCUAAGUUAAGGAACGAUAAUGAUCAUAAGAUUUUAAUAGUUUCACAUGAGAAGUACUUCGGCCGAGGAGAAAACGAGUUGCCGAGUAAUACACACGUAAGAAUUGGUACUGUCGAGGCUGAUUUCUCCAUUGCGAAAUGUGAUCUAGAACGGUUAGCGAAUUUGAUUUGUAAAGAAGUAAUAGACGAAAGUGGUACAAUUUACAAUAAUAUUGGAGGGGAGGAUUCGGACUUUGUCGUGUACGGAGGAUCGUACUUGACAUUCGUAGAUGCGGAGGAUAUCGAUUUAUAUGGAUUACAAAUGAACGAGGAAAAAUCCGUGUUUACAAAUUAUAUGGUGGCUGGAAUCGGUGACUGUGGGGCGGUGUUGGUGUUACCUUCGGGAUUUGAAGAAGACGGUUUUUAUGGAAGAACAGUUACGGUUACUCUUCCGAUUAAUGAAAUCAAAGAAUUGAAGAUUGAAGUGAAGAAUGAAAUGGAGGUUUUUUCAUCUUGAUCAAACAUAUAAUUGAUUUUUGUUAUAAGGUAUGGUUAUUAUUGUAUUUGGUAUGGAAAAUAUUCAAUGCACUAAAAUUAUCAAAUAAUUGAUAAAAAACAGUUUUAAAAA